CACGCCCUUUCCUCAAUGUCUCGACAGCGAGCUGAAGGAUGUGUGAGCACUCAUCAAUCUCCUGUGCAGCUUAGCGCACUGCGGCUCGCACAUGCUGUUUGUGGUAUGGAUGUCUAAGACAACCCCAAGACAAGCUUUCUCCAUAACUUAGACUCGUGCUUUCCCUCUCCAAGUUUUGGAAAUUCUCUCUUUUCUUCUCCCCCGCUGUCACUCUCUUGCGUUGCAUUUUGCAAACUUUCACUCUUUGUUAUCGUCAUUUUUGAUCUGCGUCUCUCGUUCCCAGAUCAUGACGACCAUGCGUGUGGUGAAGUUGUUAGGACUGGCACUGUUGCCAGUCCUUGUCCAUUCAUUUGUUUCCACAGAUUCACCUCAAGAUGCCGAUGCCCCUCAAUCUGGCUAUUUACCUAAUCAUAAUAUGGAUCCCAACAGCGUUGCCAGUAAUCUGGGCGUUGCUUGGACUCAGACCUACAACACAAACGAAAUAUUUUAUGCGAAGCCUUUGGUUUAUACACCCAAUGGGGCCCCUAAUGAAUAUGUUAUCAUGGUUUCGAAUCAGAACAUUGUUCGAGUUCUGAAUGGUUUCACUGGCGCCCUUAUCAACUCUCGAACGCUGGACGCCCCCUUCGCCUCUUCGGAUACUGACUGUGGUGAUAUACCAAAUACUGUGGGAAUCACAGGUACGCCAAUUAUCGAUACAGCCACUGACAUCAUGUACUUCUUCUCCAAGGGCUACAAGAAUGGACAAGCAGGACCCCAGGGCACUAUUUUGGGUCAAUAUAAAUUCUACGCUGUCCAAUUACCAGGCCUCACAGAUGUCGCUGGAUUUCCUGUGAUUAUUGACGGUCAUUAUGCAAACAAUGACCCCACUCGGUAUUUCGUGGGUGGUACCGUGCUCAAUAGACCAGGCCUCGCAAUGAUUGGUAACGCUAUCGUUGGCGCAUUUGGUGGUCAUUGUGACAAUUUCAACUAUACCGGCAUGCUUGUUACUUUGAGCAAGACAGGUGGAGUCGGCGUUACGAACAUCCAAGCCAUGGAAGCCAGUCCAUAUGCACCAUCACCACAAGCGCUGGAUAUCAUGGUACAAGGUGGUGGAAAGGCUGGUAUCUGGCAGAGUGGAAUGGGCAUUGCUGCUGACACAACCAAGAACCGGGUCUUCUUUGUUACUGGCAAUGCUCGUGGAUCAGGACAGAAUGGUGGUGCAGCUGGGAAAGCAGCAAGCGGAAAGACCUACCUUAGCACACUUGAACAAGCCGCUGUCAACAUGGGCGUCGAUCCGAAUACUGGAACCCUUACCCAACAAGAUUACUUUGAACCAUAUGCGUACGAUAGCAACAAUGGAGGCGACAGAGAUUUUGGAUCAGGAGGUAUUGCGUUACUGGAUCCCACUGUCUUUUAUGGUAAUGGGGUUGCUCGAAUUGCCGUCGCUGGAGGAAAGGAUGGUAAGGUCUACGUUAUGAACGCCGAUAACUUGGGAGGAUUCGCAGGAGGAAGCGCAGGUGCAGAUGCUGUCAUCCAGACUAUAGUAGAUGCCAGUGCAUUGUUGAGCGGUCCAGCUAGUUACCCAUUGGAGGGCGGCUACUUGUACUUGGCUCCAUCUGCAGACUAUCUAUAUUGCUAUUCCUUCAGUCGAAAUGGAAAUGGGAAUCCUGUGUUCACCCUUGCCGGAAAAUCAGCUAUCACAUUGGCUGGCCAGUCGAUUCCCACAAUCACCAGCAACAAUGGCGCUCCAGGAACUGGCAUCGUCUGGCUUUCCGAUAGCAACCUGGGUCUCGUAGCUUUCAAUGCUGUUCCCGUGAACGGCGUAUUGACUCGUAUCACUUUUCCUACUGGUACCGCUACUGGUGGACUUACAAAGUAUCACAGAGUUGUCUUUGGUGACGGCCGUGUCUACGUUUCGAGGACUAAUGUCGUCUUGGGUCUCAGUGGUGGUGGUCAGAAGUCGAAACCUGCCUUGACUUGUACCCCAAAUCCUGUUGCUUUUGGAUCAGUUCAAGUCGCAUCAAGUGCAACGAUUCAAGUUACUUGCACUGCAGGUGUUGCUAUCACGAAGCCCAGCUGCGGUAUUUCUUCAUCCAUAUUUCAAUGCGGCGCUGCAACUUUCCCUGCCAGUGUAGCAUCUGGAGGAACAUUCACCUUCCCAGUUAUAUUCAAUUUGAGCGAUGCGGAACUUCUGUCAUAUGAAGGUGCCAGCUCAACAGGUCCAUUGCCUCCCGGAAGUCAAGCCGGGACCCUCAACGUGGGAGCCACUGCACCGUCCGGUUAUCUUCAAAGCACAAUUGUGCCACUUACUGGUACAGUCGUCGCUUCAGCUGGAUACCUUACCAUCAAUCAAACGACUGUUUCAUUCGGAGGUGUAUACAUAGGUGGACAAUCACCUUCUUCAGCUUCACGCUCGGUGAUUCUCACCAACAAAGGGAGUCAAACAUUAACCUUCAAAGGAUUUGCUUGGCAGGAUUACUAUGCUAAUGGUAUGCCAUAUACGAAUGUCACCUCUACGGUGGUUGGUAAUGGUUAUACCAGCGCGAACUUCCCUGCGGUUGGCUCCACAUUGGCUGCAGGUGCUUCCCUUACAAUUCCUAUCGUCUUCUUGCCGAGCAAGACUGGGAUUUCGGCAUCCUAUCUCACGUUCUGGAGUGAUGGAGGAUACACAGACCUUUUGAUGCAAGGUACUGCUGCUCAAGGCACAGCAUCGUCAUCAUCUUCUUCAAUUAGCCUAAAGACUUCAUCCUCUUCCAGUACAGUAAAAACGUCGUCGACAAUUGGAUCUAGUACAGUCAAGGUCUCAACCACCCUGUCAACCUCCACGAAAUCAACAAGCAGUCCAAGUUUGCAUCCCUCGACCACUACUACGAUAUCGUCUACCCAAAUCACGACCUCGAUUACACCUUCUGGAACGCUCAAUGCUCUCGAGCCUGCUAAGAUCAGCACAUUCCAGUACAUUGGAUGUCAUGUAGACUUGAUUGGCAAUGUUCGCACCUUGAACGCAUCUGCCUAUACCAACGCCGCUAUGACUUUGGAGAUGUGUGCUACUCAAUGCACUACUUACGAUUUCUUUGGCACGGAAUAUGGGAAUCAGUGCUACUGCGGAUAUACUCUGGAUCCGACUACGCGAUCGACCGAGACGGACUGCAAAGACAAAUGUGGAGGAAACACUACUGAGUUCUGUGGUGCUGCCAACAGACUUUCCACAUACCAGAACACCUUUUACAUUCCUCCACCAGCACCGCCUGCGCAUGUCCAGACUGCGAGCGGGUUCGUAUGGCAAGGGUGUUACACAGAAGCCACAGCAAGUCGUGCCCUUACAGGACCCAGCUUCUCAAGUGUGAACAUGACAGUCGAGCUUUGUAUCGCAUCUUGUAAGGGUUACGCUUAUAGUGGCGUUGAGUACGCUAGCCAGUGUUAUUGUGGAAAUACUAUUCAGGCGGGAUCUGUCUCGACGCCAACUUCGGGCUGUUCCAUGCUUUGUUCGGGCAGCUCGUCGGAGUACUGUGGUGGUGUGUCAAAGCUCGAUAUGUACAUGUACAACCCAGCCGCUGCAUCUUCACUCUCGUCAAAAAUUGUCUCUUCAACAACAAAAGCUUCGACCAGCUCAAGUCACACUAUAUCAACAACCUCAUCAGUCCUCACAAAAUCAUCUUCUGCUUCUAAAGCUACCUCAAGCUCUACAGGCUCGACUGCUUUGCCCUCUGUCACGCCUCCAGCUCCUCAAUUGCGAACUUACACAUGGAGUAUUGGAUGGGUAUCUGCCUCCCCAGAUGGUUUCAAGCGCCCGUUUAUUGGAGUCAAUGGACAAUGGCCUUGUCCUCCAAUCAUAGUCAACAUGGGAGACACCGUCAAAAUCCAAGUCACGAACAAUCUUGUCAACGAAACUACUGCCAUUCAUUUCCAUGGUCUUUACCAGAGGAACACAACGUACGCCGACGGACCAGCAAUGGUGACCCAGUGUCCGAUCCAACCGGGUGGGACAUUUGUGUACGAAUUUACCGUUGCCCAAUCUGGUACUUAUUGGUACCAUGCCCAUGUUGGCGGACAGUAUAUCGAUGGAUUCCGAGGACCUUUGAUCAGCAAGGAUGUCAAUGCUCCAUACAAAGUCGACACAGAGUACAUCCUCACCCUCACUGACCUUUACCAUUCUCAAGCUCCUCCUUUGAUCAAUUAUUACCAGUCUGUUGACAAUGCCAACAACAACAAUGGAGCAGAGCCAGUUCCAAACUCUAUCCUGAUCAACGAAGCACAGAAUGUCCAAUUCGCUAUGGUUCCUGGAAAACAGUAUCUGUUCAGAAUUAUCAAUAUGGGAGCGUACGUCCCCCACUAUCUACAGUUCGACCAACACAACAUGACAGUUGUUGAGAUUGAUGGUGUGUAUACUCAGCCAUACACUGUCAGCCAAUUGUUCGUUACUGCUGCACAACGAUAUAGUGUCAUUAUCACUGCCAAGUCGACCUCAUCGAAGAACUUUGCAGUGAAGUCAUCCAUGUAUACAGCCAUGUUCAAUCCUUCGGUUAUUCCAACUACAUUCAACACAGAAGUCUCUGCUUACCUCAUCUACAACGCUGCUCUUGCUCUUCCAGCACCACUAACCAUCACGCAACAACCAUUUGAUGAUUCUGUCUUCGUUCCCUAUGACCAAGAACCCGAACUCGGCCCUGUUGACGUAGAGCUUUACAUGACUGUUGAUUUCGGUCAAAACCAAAACGGUCAAUGGAGAGGUUUCAUGAAUGGCUUGGACUACAUCCCGCAACAAGUCCCAACUCUCUACACCGCUUUGAGCGCUCCAGCCAAUCUUGUCAAUAACCCUGUUAUCUAUGGGCAGAACUCAAACCCCACUGUCCUUCCGUACGGGUCAGUGGUUGAACUCACAGUCUCCAACCACGACAGCAAUGCCCACCCCUUCCAUCUCCACGGCCACAACUUCCAAGUCGUCUACCGCGAUCCUGGCGGAGCUAAUUUCCCCAUCAACCCACCACCUGGACCACCUAUGCGUCGGGACACCGUUCAAAUGAUGGCCGAAGGCUCAGUCACUAUUCGCUUCGUGGCCGAUAACCCAGGCAUUACUCUCUUCCACUGUCACAUCGAAUGGCACGUCGAAGCUGGUUUGACAGCUACGUUCAUCGAAGCCCCGACUCAACUACAGGCCAUGAAACCAUAUAUUCCCGCCUCCCACAAGGAUGUAUGCGCCGCCCAGGGAAUUCUCAUGAAAGGCAAUGCCGCUGGCGAUUACCAAGAUUAUACUAAUGUUGCCAACCAAACCACUGUGGCGAAUCCAAAUUUAUGGGGAUCAUUAGUCAAUCCACCUACCACGCCAGCGGGACCAUAUCCGAUGACUUAAAAUUAAUGGUUUGGGAAUCUGAGAGGGUAUACAUGUGUUAGUAUGUGCGAUUUGAAUUCUUUAGCGAUGUUGAGGGAGUUUCGGGUGGAACAAAGGAAAUAGAAUAGAUUUUAGACAUUGGUGUUUGUGCUUAAUUUGAAUUCGAAUGAAGAGGUGUUGAUUGAGACUUUGGCAGCUUGACAUCGAUGUCUCAGCUGAUUACGGAGAAUGCAGAAUAAAGUGAUUGGACUACUGUACAGGGACUUUGAACUCAUGACACGCUGUUAGAUCUCUUCGGCUCUCUGAAAUGUUCUAUUUGUGGGCUAAAAGGCCUGUACUACGCUGG